AUGGAGGAGAGUUGUUCUCUUCCCCACUGUGCUUACUCCAUUUUCCUUUUCGGCGGUCUAUCGCUGGUAACCUUUCUUCUCUCCGCGUCAUUUUGUUGCCAUCUACUCUCUGCGCCAUUUUGUAGCUUUCUUCGUUCGUUACACCUUACCUUGUCUCAACACAUUUUUUCUCCGAAUUUAAAUUCUUCUUCUUCUUCUUCUUCUUCUUCUUCUUCUUCUUCUUCUUCUUCUUCUUCUCAAUUGCCUCACUCGUUUCAUUUUAUUCAAUUUCGCAUUUGUAUUUUCUUUUUUAUCUCCUUUCUCCUUCUCUCCUUAAUUUCAUUCUUUCUUCUCUUUUCCAUUUUUCUUCUUCCUCUUUUUCUCUUCUUCUUCUUCUUCUUCUUCAUCAUCAUCUUCUUCUUCUUUUUCUUCUUCUUCUUUUUCUUCUUCUUCUUCUUCUUCGUCUUCUUCUUCUCAGUUGCCUCACUUAUUUCAUUUUAUUCAAUUUCGCAUUUGUAUUUUCUUUUUUAUAUCUUUUCUCCUUCUCUCCCUAAUUUCAUUUUUUCUUCUCUUUUUCUUCCUCUUUUUCUUCUUCUUCUUCUUCUUCUUCUUCUUCUUCUUCUUCUUCUUCUUCUUCUUCUUCUUCUUCUUCUUCUUCUCAAUUGCCUCACUUGUUUCAUAUUAUUCAAUUUCGCAUUUCUUUCUUUCCUUCGUGACCGCAUUCUCCUUCAUUUCAUACGAACACCACCUGAAUAUCGGAAACUAAUGGCUGGACGCAUUCUUCCAGCGUCUCCCGUAUUUUCCAGAUUAGAUUUGUCUUUCUGUUCGCUACUUUUAGACGAUGUCGGCCGGCGAAUAACUGAUUUUAUUUUUCUUUGUUACUCGAAUGCUUUUUACGCUCUCUUUCUGACCAGUUCUUCUUUUUCUAUUAAUACCUCUUUUUCUGUAGCAGGAUUUGUUUCUUUAUUCUUUUUUCCUUUUCUACAUAUUAUAAUUAUUACUUUUUCGUAUCAUCGUUUCUUCUUCUUUUGUUGCUGUUCUAUCUUUUUGCCCCUCCACUUGCUAUUCUUACUUCUUCUUCUUCUUCAUAUUAUCAUUAUUUCUUCGCAAUAA